ACCGAGGACGAGCUCAAAGCGCGGAGGCAGUGAGCGGAGCAGACGGCUGCGAAGAGGCUGAGAGCGGCUCUGUCGGCAGGACUGGAGGAAGAGGCACACGCGCUCGCUCACGCACACGUACGCUCACGCACAGUCCCAUCGAGGAGGAGCCCGAGGCAGGAAGCGCAGGCACCUUGGGACGGCCGGGAUAGCGCCCUCUCUCUGUACUGCUCGUCGCUGCUCUCUGCUUGGAGUUUCCAUUGUGUUUUUGCUGCAGUCACUCCAUUCUUUUUUCGGCUUCUCGUUUUUGUUCGGAGGGACAGGCGCCUCUCAGCAACUCGGCUCCCCGACCCCGGGGCGGCAGGCACAGCGAGCGAGGGAGCGGCGGGGGAGAGAGAGAGAGAGAGCGCACUCAGGACAUCUGUCAGGGAGAGCACACGAGCGGGUAGAGUGAGAGAGAGAGGGGGGGAGACAGCGGAGGUGUGGCAUGAGCAAGGAGAGUCAGCCGGCUCUGUAGCAGACCAAGCGAUACAACGCCUCCCCCCUUGCUCCCACGCCCCCCCAGCUUGACCACCCUCCUCCUCUCCUCUCUCCUUUCCUUCUUUCCUCUCCUCUCCUCUCCAUCAUCGCCGCCUGCCCGGCUCCUCCUCAGCGCCGCCCUAGUGCUCGCCGGCAGGCCGCAGGGGAGAGGACGAUUUCGGCCGACUUCGGCCCCCAGGGCGUCCUGCCGACCCCGUACCUCUGCCACCCUCUUCUGCCCGCUGUUCCUGCCCUGGACACAGAGGGCGCCAGGCGGGCCAGCCUCUCUGCAGUUAGCAAGAAUCCUGGUACAGCAAGACGGAUUCCAGCUACAUGGGCAAACGCCUGGAGCAACUGCCAAUGUACCCCCAGUACACCUACUACUACCCUCAGUAUCUCCAGACCAAGCAGUCUUAUGCUCCUCCCCCUCACCCCAUGGCCCCACCCAGCCCCAGCACCAACAGCAGCAGCCACAGCGCAGCUGAGCAGCUCAGUAAGACCAACCUGUACAUCCGAGGUCUGCCACCCGGAACCACGGACCAGGACCUGAUCAAGCUGUGCCAGCCAUAUGGGAAAAUAGUGUCUACGAAGGCGAUCCUGGACAAAAACACAAAUCAGUGCAAAGGGUAUGGCUUCGUGGAUUUCGACAGCCCGGCGGCUGCUCAGAAGGCCGUGGCUUCCCUCAAGGCCAGCGGAGUGCAGGCGCAGAUGGCCAAGCAACAGGAGCAGGACCCGACCAACCUGUACAUCUCCAACCUGCCGGUCUCCAUGGACGAGCAGGAACUGGAGACCAUGCUGAAGCCUUUUGGCCACGUCAUCUCCACGCGGAUACUGCGGGAUGCCAGCGGGGUCAGCCGGGGCGUCGGCUUCGCCAGGAUGGAGUCCACCGAAAAGUGUGAAGUAGUGAUUCAGCAUUUUAACGGAAAGUACCUGAAGACUCCGCCCGGUGUUCCAG